AUGUUGUCACCCAAGCAGGACAAGCAGAUGUCUGACGCCUCCCCAAACCGCAUGUUACGAACACAGAAAUCAUUCAAGCAGCGCUUCAACUUUGACGACGACGCAGAAACGGUGCAGAAGGCCCAACGAGAUCGUUCGCGCUCACCCGCUCGCCGGAAUCACACACAUUUUGCGCCCUUCAAUCCAUUUAGAACGUCUCGUCCAGACAAUGAGGGGCCAUAUGGCGCCGACAAUCGCGUUCGACGCCGCCACCAACGCUCCAGUUCUCCUGACCCACCGCCGGUGAUACAUGAUCUUCAACGCGACUACUCCAAGCUACGUAUCGCCCUGCACUCCAACGCAAUGAACCAGCUCGAGGCAGUUCAAACGGAGCUAACCACUGAGGUUGUUGCGGAGAUUAAGACCAACCAGCUUGCAAUUGCGCGGCUUUCCGCUUCGUAUGGUGAACUGGUCUCACCGGUUCGGGAGGCCAAGGCGAACCACAUCGUCUUGUCGCCAGGAGGUCGAGAACGCAGCGAGGUUGUCGACAUGUCUGUCGCGGAGACCGCUCAUCUUGAGAUCGAGGGCAUUAGAAAGGAGCUGGUCGGUCCAUUGCCACAUGUUGACCGUCCCGGAGAAACGACUGAGGUGGAUGGCCCUGCCGAGGCUCUCAAACUUCUGGACCAGGAGCACAGUGCUGCUGUGGACGAGUUGAGUGAGGAUAUGGAGGCUCUUCAGGCUGAAAGGGUUGGUGAAUACAAGCGCUACGAAAAGGAGUUUCUCAGGAGGAUUGAACACGAGGCCAGGAAGAUUGUAAAUCCAUUCUUGCCCCCUGGGUUGUAA